GGAGUUCGAAGUUAUCCCCUCGUGCCCCUCUGUCCCCGUGGCCAGUGCGAUUUUGCUUGUCGAGCACCCCUGCCGGUCUCUUCUUUUUUUCUUCCUUCGUUUUCCGCCUUGGCUCGUUGCUGGCUGCUCCUGUGGAUUGCCUUUGCGAACAGCACAACUGGCACGCACGGAGGGCUUGUUGGCAUUCCACAUCUCCUCGACCCGCCCGAGGCGAUAAAUAACACAGUCUCUACCGCUUCUCCACAUCUCCUUCCUGAGGUCUGGGGCUUCCCAAUGGAGCUCGACCAGGUCGGAGCACAAGAAGAUCAACAUGAACCAAGCUCGCUGUCAACGCCGACCUCAACCGAGAGCUCCCAGUCCUCAACCGACAUCUCUCCGGUAACAGACGAGACGACACGAGCCGCCGACCACGACUCGCUUGUCACCGUCCGCCUCUCCGAACCCCCCACCCUCCAAGCCAACACAAAUGUCGUGCCCAAUGCUUUGCCCCCAAGGAAGAGUCUGUACGGACAUGAGUAUACCCCGAGCGAUGCUAUGGCAGAGGCAGUCAAGGAGGAAGUUGAGGAGGAAGUUGAGGAGGAAGUCGAAAGCGACGAAGACGACGACGACGACCUGACUCCACUACCAAAUAUUGGGCGUAGCCUCGAAGACGAACUUGAAGACGACGACAAUGAAGAAUAUGCGGCAGUUGGCAGGGAGACAGCUGGGGAACAAGCGCAGGAAGAUACGCAUGUCACCGACUCACGGCCGAGCUUAGAUUCAGAUGUCGACUGGCACGAAUUGCAGAAAACAGAGGACGAGGAGUCGAGGGGCCAAGAUGCAGACAAUUCCGCGACCAUGCUACUUGCCAGGCUGGAGCAGGAGAAUAGUCGGCUAGCUACCAACCCGAAGACAGCGAAAGUACAGGCAGAGGAGAAACAACAGUCUCCAACAUGGAAGACACGACCGCCCUCAAUGGCGCAAUUGCGACAAAUGGUCAGCGGCCCCACCCCUCCAGCGCUACGAUAUUCGAUGCUGCCGCCACCCCCCCUUACGGAUCUCGAGUUCUACGCGGCCAUCGUCAAGGACUACCAACAGACGGCGGCCAGGCUGCCUACGCUACUUUCCAACAAAAUACGGAAAGGCAUCCCCCCGCCGCUGCGGGGCGUCGUCUGGCAGAGCAUGUCCGGAGCGCGCGACCCAGCUCUCGAGGAGGCCUUUGAGAGGUUGUCGGGCGAGUCUAGCCCGUAUGAGGGCAUCAUCGGCAAAGAUCUCGGGCGCAGCUUCCCCGGAGUGGACAUGUUUCGGGACCCCGAAGGCGACGGCCAGCGGAUGCUGGGUCGAGUGCUGAAAUGCUUCAGCCUCUACGACCAGAAGAUCGGAUACUGUCAGGGGCUUGCUUUCCUGGUUGGCCCGCUGCUGAUGCAUAUGCCGGACAAACAGGCGUUCUGCGUCCUGGUCAGACUCAUGGAGCACUACGAUCUGCGCGGCUGCUUCCUGCCAGACCUGUCAGGCCUGCACGUCCGAAUUUAUCAGUUUCGACAGCUUCUGCAGCAGAAGCUGCCCACGUUGUCGGCCCACCUGGAGGAUUUGCAGGUCGAUCCGGCUUACGUUUCACAAUGGUUCCUCUCGUUCUUCGCCGUAACGUGCCCCCUACCCAUGCUGUUUCGCAUCUACGAUGUCAUCUUUGCCGAAGGUGCCUCAGUCACCAUCAUGCGGGUGGCGCUGUCGCUCAUGCGCAAGAACCAGACCCGCAUUCUGGCCUCCACCGAGCUGGAGGAAGUAAUGCAGCUUCUCCUUUCUCGAGGAUUGUGGGAUUGCUAUCACUACAACGCCGACGAUUUCGUCCAGGAUUUCGUCGGACUUUCGAGCGUAGUCACCAGAGAACAAUUGGCAGCGCUUGAGCUGGGAUACCGAGAGGCCCAACUGGCCAAGAGCGGCAACUUUGGCGCCAAUCCCAAAAGCACAGAUGCAGCGCGGGCAUCGGAUGUUACAACCGCAGCCUCCAGAUUUCUUGGCCGCCUCUGGGCCUCCUCAUCAACCCCGAAAUUAGCUUCUUUUUCGCCAUUGCACGCGUCUACAGCCACCACCACUAUCAACAGCCCCAGCAGUAGCAGUAGCAGCAGCAGCAGCACACUCAGCCCUGGCCUCACCGCGCCGCAUCGCCCGCUGAGCAUGCUCAGACGGAGUGCAUCGAAGCAAAGCCUGGCCUCCACUCUCAAUUCUAUGGAUGCUGGCCCUGCAUCGGCAUCAUCGUCGGCUGCCAGCGUCCUGAGUUCUGCAUCAACAGAUGCCACCUCCAUCUCGAGAGACAGCUCUACCGCAGACGACUCAUCCACCCGCGGCUCAGGCCCGGCCGCCAGCGGGCCGAGCUCGAGACCGACCCUCGCUGCGUCCGGCGGUGGCAGCAACAAAGACGACACCAGACACCUGCAUAGCCAGAUAGAAGACCUCCUUACCGCCCUCAGCGAAUUGCAGCGAAACCAGGCACUCCUAUCCGAUCAACUACAGAAAGAAAAAGAAGAGCGCGACGAAGACAGGAAGGCGGUCCGCUCGCUCAUCGACAGCCUGAGAAAUAAAGCAAGCAGUGGGGCAGCGACAACGCUGUCUAGCAGGGAUAGUGAGGAAACCGUCACCGAAUCCCAAGAUGCCUCGAACAGAGUCGGCCAACCCGCCCGUGUCCCACAGCUCGCGGAUCUCUUGGACAUGGUCGAGCAGCGGUUUGGCAACGAAACUGACAGCCGAAGAUCGUCGGUCCCGCAGACCAAGCUGCAACUACGAGACCAGCUGGCGCGAGCAAAGGAACAGCUGUCCAACGAGCUUGCAAAGACGCAGGAUUACAGCCGGAGAAUAUACGAUCUGGAACAAGAGGUGGCAACGGUCAAGGAUCAGUUGAGGGAGAGUCAUGUCCACGUCAGGACUCUGCACCAAGACAAGCAGCGCUUGGAGAAGCAGGUCCACACGUUGAAAGUACGAGCCUCCGACAUGCCGCCGACGGUACAAGAGAAUGGAGACUGGUUCUCUCGGGCGAUAGGCAUCAGCGGCGCCAGCGCACCGGCCGGCGGAGGGCUCCGCGAACUCAAGCUUGGCCGCAGCAAAUCGACACCAUCACAAACGACAACAUAUACCAAACGAGCGUCGUCACUGAUGAUGCACGGGGCCGGCAACGGUCACGACCCCAUAGCCGCACCGGUUAGCGAGUAUGACGCCUUACUCCUGGAGCUCGUGCAGGCCAAGACGGCCGAGGCUGUCGCCAGGCAGGAGGCCGAAGAGGCAAAGCAGAAGCUCGAAAACCUGCGGAAGGCGUUCGGCCUCGCGCUGGGCGAUGCCGCGCCCGUCCCACCCAACAGCACCAUGGCGGCAACGGCAGCGAGCCAGGCUUCGGCAGCGGCGACGGCCGCGUUUGGCAUGUUCGGCCGUCUUACUGGCUCGGCAUCCGCAUCCACAAUAGCCGCCGACCCAGUAUCUGUCACUAAGUCGGCGGCGGCGGCAACGGCAACAGCGACAGCAGCGGCUCCGGCUUCGGCUGCUGCAACCGCUGCUGGUGGUGGUGGUGGUGGUGGUGGCGGCGGCGGCGGCUUCUGGGGUUGGCGAAGAUGAUGGAAUAUUAUAAUGCUGUACGACCGAUGCGCCUGCCUUGACGCAUGUUUGACCCCAAAGUGGUGUCAAGGACGGGAAGAAGAGGUGGUCACGCGACACCAUCCCUAACCCCCACUACAACUACCAUUGACAUACCCCAUUCUUUCCUUUUUCCCCUUCUUUUCCCGACUUGGGGCUCUCAUAUACCUAUCUUCAUCAUGGGCAGCUUUAAGUCCCACAAUUUAUUAGACUGGGCACUAAUGUCUGACGACGUCAGGCGAAGGUAAAAGCACGAAAUAGAUGCUUAAGACCUUGUUUAGGGGGGAGUCUAUUGCUUCUUAGAAAGUGCUUCGACGGAAGCAACAGGCCGUAAAAUUUUUAUGUAUAGAGAUACCAAGAUAAACCUGAUUUAUUAG